AUGAGUCCGUCAAAUGAUCGCCGCUCGCCCAUGCCCUUGCUGAAAACAUGUCAGACAUGUUUCCAUCUCAAGAUUCGGUGUGAAAAGACACAGGAUUCUGAUUUAUGCGACCGCUGUCUUCGACUUGGCAAGACAUGUAUUUUCAACCAGGCUCGACGACGCCAAAAUGUGAACCGUCAACGGGAGAGAUUAGGAGCGCAAUCUGUCUCAGACAGAUCUUCCAAAUCACCAGCAAAUCGACAACAGCAAGCACGGAGUAGUGAAGGGGACCAAGAUAUCCUCAACAAAGAUGCAUCACUGGACCCUUUUGAACAGGGCAUCUUGACUUUUGAGAAAGGACAAAAUCUCUUGGAAAUCUUCACACGUCGAUUCAUUCCAUACUUUCCAUUCGUUCUCUUCCUCAGUGACAGUUCUAUUGAAGAACUCAACUCACAACACCCAUGUGCCUGCCUAGCUAUUCUAGCCGUUGCGUCAUACACCGACGUCGGCACACAAGUUGCACUUGGCAAUCUAUUCAAACAGAUAGUUGCUGUGAGGAUGGUCGACGGCGACUUUAACCAACUGGAUUUGUUGCAAGGACUGCUUAUUCACGUUGCAUGGGCGCACUACCAACCGAAACCCAAACGAUACAUCCAGCAUCUCCACCUGAUUACAAGUAUAAUCAGCGACCUACGUCUUGACAGGCCUCGAAAGCCUAAGCUUUGGAGUGCCGAAGGCGGAAGGUAUCAGAACAAACCAGACUGGCAGCCAGACGAGAUGCGAGCUCUUGCAGGUGCAUACUACUUAUCCUCAAGCUCCUCCAUCAUUCUCCAAAAGUCUCGCCAAGUCUUCAACACCACAUACCUUUUGGCCUGUUGCGAGCAUCUCGCUUCGCUAAAUCAGUAUCCCACCGACAAGUUUCUGCCUUAUAUAACCAGAGUUCAGGCACUCAUCGAGAACAUUGAAGAUCUUGUUUGCAAAACUGCAACAGCUGACAAUGGUUUGCAAUUCUUCACUGAAUGUCAGGAGAUUACCCAGAAGUGUUUGGAUAUCAAAUCAACAUUGCCUUUUCCGUUGAGUGAAAGUCCACCGUUACUUCUUCAGAUACAUAUCCUCGAACUUAUGCUUAGCCAAUCCUCGCCACGAGGAACAGCCUUUGGUCUCGACAAGUUUCAGAAUCCAUUUCAAGACGAGACGACUCUUAAUGAAUGGCUCUCUACAAGCAUGUCGGCUACCAGAUCCCUCAUUGGGGUUAUUCUGGUGAUGCCGCAGGGUGAAGAAGUAGCAAUGUCCAACAUGGGCUGGAUCAUGAUGAACUGUGCCCUCAACCUAGCUGUUCGUCUUGACCUCAUAGCUGCUCGAGGUAGCCUUUCAGGAUUUACCCAACAUCUUCGACGUUUCCUUGAUAUGGGGCACACCCUUCGUCAACUUGUCCUCCGCUUUGAAGCUGUGCCCGGUCCAGACGCGUCAGCCGACCAUCCAUUCCAUGGCAUAGUAAAGCGCAUACGUCGGUUGGAGAACUGGUACCUAUCACAAGUGGCGCAGCAGACAGCCGACUCAACUUCAACUAUAAGCCCGUCUUCUGGAUCGCAACCUUCGAUAUCCCUCAGUGACCAUACCAGCGGGAUGCCCGUCAGUAUGCCACUUCCGUACCAGAACUGGAACAUGGGCGGCGGGUCGGAAUGGUAUCAAAACCUAGACUUGGACAUAAGUACCUUUCUUUUUGCGGAUCCAAUCGACUUUCCAAUGAACUUUGCAUGGGCGAGCUAG